AUGGUUAAAGAGGCCGGUAAAUGUAGCGAAGGCUUAAGGAAAGACUUCUAUGACCUUGCCUACCACGGGCUCAGGGCCGAACACUAUGAGCUGGUCCACAGAGUCAAGGAUCUGGAAUCUGCCCAGGAGGAGAUGUCUGAGGAGGAAAACAAGGAAUUUGACAAGCUGCAAUCAUAUCAGAGGGGCAGACAAAGCCAGGUCGACCAAUUGGACAAACUGUGGAGAUAUUUCUUUACCCCGGUAGGUACUUAUAUUACUGGCUAACGUUCCAAAUUGAUGGUUUUACUUUAACUUUAUUUUAGUCAGCAUUUAUACUGUUAGGUACUGUUCAAUUAAAAAAAGGAAAGAACAAGUCCGGUAGGCGGACACUUGAACGCCAUAACCGUCUACCACUUUGUACGGCAAAGGUGCGAUUACUUGGAUGGGUAGUAACUAAGAUACGCGACGCCUCCUUGAUUUGCUGUAGUAGCGCUCUGCGCAUGGGCAGAGGGUAAAGCCUCCGACAAAAGUUAAAAUUAAUUCGUCAGCUCCGUGUGAACAUAGCGAAAUUCUUGAACUGUCUCGUUAGAACGAAUUGUCCGGUCAAAUUUUUCAGCCAAAAAUUCGGUCAAAAAUUCAGUGUCCGCUGCCGUGUGAAUAUAGCCUUGAUGUUUUCCCCGAUUUCCAGGCACUUUGCUAAAAACAACUCAGCUGCGUCUCGUCAUUUUGUUAUUUACUUCUCGGCGUCGGGAAACGGGAUGAAACCGUCCGCAUCUCCUCUGUUUCAAGUUAUAUCUAUCUCGAAAAAACUGGGAUUGCAUAGCAGUCUUACCAAGAUCGAAUAAUUAUAUAGUAAUAUAAUAAUGAUAUAUUAUCCUCCGUAUAACAACUUAAUUUAGCCUUGAAACAACGUAAUUAUUCAUUCGUUCUUUCGUUCCUUCAUUCAUUCAUCUCCGCAUUCAUCCAUCCAUCUACUCCUUUCUCCCUUGCUUCCCUCAUUCAUGCAUUUAUUCAUUCGUUUAAUCUAUCAAUCAAUCAAUUCAACCAAUCAAUCAAUCAAUCAAUCAAGCAAUCAGUCAUUCAUUCAAUUGGCUUAAUAACCCAAAGAUGUUACCGGCUCUCUCUCUCAGCUUUAGCAAGUCUGAUCGGCCCUGGAUUCUGUCCCGGACAUGACAACGAAUCUACGCUUUAUCAAGUUCUGAAGAACGAUUUUGUGUACGUUCACUACAGGUCACGAGAUACACUGACCCUGGCGACAUAUGGAGGAAACUUAAGCUGCGUGGAGAGGAUACAGGAUCUGUAACGCCUUCAAUUUCCAGCGAUGGCAAACCAGAAGAAGAGUCACGUUUGAAUGUAAGUAUUCCUCAUUUUUUUUUCAGUACCUCACCCUUUCCCCCGUCAUGUAAGGCGCAUUUGAUCAUAUUUGCAUUUUAUUUUGCGCCCAAAAUAUAAUUGUUUUGUUAUUAAUCACUAUUACUAUCAUUGGCAGACCCAGCCUUCCUUUCAUGAUAUAUUUUGAGGUCAGCGUUUCCUAAAUAUACGGUACUUUCUUUUGAUGUUGCUCAAUUUUUUGCGCAUUAUGAAGUUGUGUGACGGUGUCACCUUAUACUUGCAUUUUACGGCUCCUUUACAAAGUGCUGCACUAAGAAAAAGAACAUUGAUGAUUAGUCAGAACCUUGCUGUGUUCCAGACCAUCGUCCAGAAUGCCGCGACAUAUAUCUGGGAACAUUGCAAGUGUCAGUCUUACUACUAACUUCACACAGUUCGAGGCCUUUUCAUAGUCGUUAGACUGACACUUGCCAUGUAUCAACCAAUUUCCUUCAUCGGUUUCGUCAACGGUCGUCAUCGUUUGUCCUUUUCCUCCACAUGCCCCUCACACUCUCAUGCCAUGAUACUUUUGUCGCAUUUUUUCCUCAUGGUUAAACUAUGGCCAUGUUAAACAAGUUGUGAGUCAUGAUUGUAUGAAUUUUGAUUCCAUCUGUUUUUGCCCUUAUUAGCACAUCAUUUUGGAUUGAGCUCUGUCGUCACUAACACAAAAUACGUCAUGUGAACAGCUUUAACAUUGACGAUGUUCAGUCACUGGUUUCUUGUCUUACCUUCCCCAUUUGAUACCUAGUUUUGGAUCGUUGCCAGAUCAUUGCUCAUAUGGAGGGGGGAAGGGAAGGAGUAACCACGCACUUUCCAGAAUAAUUAUAUUAUACCACUUACAAUAUUACCAAAAACGUUUGUAACCUACUAUGGUGAAAGAUUCAUUCCUUGUUUUUUUGUGUCAAAUUUUGCUCUCGGACUUUUAGACUUUUCUAUACUCCACCUAUAAUAUUAAUGUCUUGACAUUAUCUUUCCGCUCAAAUAUCUGACGCGGCAGGCGGCACAGUUACUAUCCGUUUUUUUGUAAGUUUCAAUAACCAUGUUCAGAUCAUCUUUCUCUGUAUAGUCAAUUCGAGAAGUGUGCAAAACAGCUGGAAGAAAUCCCUUGAUUUUGCACAAAACAUUUAUCUCUAAUCCAAUAGGAGAUUAGCGUUAACUGAAUGCUAUUAUAAAAAGUGACUGAAUGUUUUAUUUUUCUUUAGCUGAGGAAAAUGAAGGCAACAGUCAAAUCAGUCGUUCAAACCACUUCUAAAAAGAAGGAGGGUGGCAAGAAACAGAUGCGGGAUUGCUAAUUAUUAUUUGUACCAAGUAAAAUAAUAAUCUAUGAUGUUACCGUUUUUUAGGUUCAUUUUAUUUAACCCGGGGGGUACUCCUGGAAAUUCUUGGUGAGGGUGUGCUGCCCGAAUCUCUAAAUUGUGACCCUAUUGCAGACCAAAAAAUUGCCAUUUUUCACACCCGUUUCCAGACCUGGCCUCUAUUAGUAAGAAAUUAUGUCAUUAUUACUCAGAUUACAACAGCAAUAAUAAUUUUAAAAAAAGCGUUUCUUCAAAUGCACUUCGAAUUCACAUUUUUCCCUUUCUUUCCUAUUCAUUUGGACUUGAAACAAUAAAUACGUUCAUACGCUACCAUACUUCCCUCGAAAACCAUAUCCGAUUCCAGACUAAAAUAGGCAAAGUCUAUACCUGUUUUCAGUCCGCGCAAAAACCAUACGCUUUAGGGUGACACAUACAUGUAUGGCUUAUAUAAUGGAGACCUCCCGGGUAUUUAACUAAGUACAACAUGCACAUUAAUCUUUUGUACAGAGGCAUUUGUGUAAUGUCAAUUAGACGAGAUAUCAACAAGCUAGACUUCUCGAUUGCAGUACAAACUUCUACAAAGUUACAAAGUUUGACCCUCUUUCAGCGAACAUUCUCUCUUUGUGUUAGAGGCUCGAAAUGGGUUCUGUUCACGCAAAACGAGGGGAACUCGCUGUAAUGCCUCAGAUUUAACGUCACCUGGCUAGUACAAAAUCAACAAUUUCUUCGGAUUUCGUUAUUUAUUAAAUUAUGUGAACGCUGGUCUACCAGUUUUUAAAAUAUCCUUUAUUGGCACUUGCAAGAUUUGGGACG